AUGUCUUCUGAUGCUCGUCCGAGUUCCCCUUCGCCCUCCGGCGUCGGACGUCGUCGUUGCUCGACGUGUCGAGUCAGGCUUCAGCGCACGGACCAGCACUCCAGCUGCUUCAUGUGCCUGGGCCCGGGCCAUGCGGCGUUGAGCGCCACCUGCACCUCGUGUCUCGCUCUCCCCAGGGAGGAGAGCGAACGCAGGCGUGCGUACCUCGCCGCUGCAGCGCCCCGUCCGGACUCCUCUCAGGACGAGGAGUCUGAGACUGACUGGGCCCCACUCGACCUUCCACCCGUGCCCGCGGAAUGGGGUGACUGUGAGGACGGAGAGGUUUCGGAGGUCGGCUCUCUUCUCACGCUGGACGAGGUGGUGUCGAACCCGGAGCCGGACCGCUUCCCACUGAACCACAUGCCUGGGCUCUACUCCUCUGCGGCGGCCAUCAUGGAUGCCCCCCUGCCACCGCAGGCGACCCAGAGGGUGGAGGACUUCACCUCUGGUUACGCCACCGCUCGAGGGAGGAGGAGGACACAGCCCACGUUGUGCCCGCGGAUGGACCCGAUCGUCCAUUACGCGAAACGUGAGAGGCCAAAGCCCCUAGCGGCCAAGAGGCCCGCUUUGGGCUACGGCAUGUACUGCAGCGUGCAGGACUGGUCCUGGACCGGCGGGGUCCCGGACAUCGAGGAUUCGGUCCGCAUGGCCCUGCACCCCUCCGCAUCCGUAGAGGCGGAGAAGAGGCAGCUGCUGGACCUGCCUGUUUCCCAGACGUCCCUCUUCGGUCCGGACAUGCAGACCCUGGUGGCUAGACUGGAGACCGCAGCCAAGGACUCGGCUAGCCUAGCCCAGCACCUAGCGCCGAGGCGCGAGGCCCGCCCACCAGCGCGGAGCCGGGACAGAGGCAGGGAGCGUUCGCCCGGGAGGCGCCCUGACCCAUAUCCACACUCCGUGGCCUAUCGUCCCCCCUCGACGAGGCCCCCGGGUCCUGACAGACCCACGGGAGGCUCGCGGGACCAACGCACCCACCGCCGACCUCCCUAUGGCAGAGGAGGUCGGGGUGGGAAGAAUUCUUUCAAUAAAGGCCGACCGGCAUUUCAUCAUUACUCGCUGUCUGAGUCUCAUUUGGGGGCCUGCAGCCCCCAGAGCAGGGAGUGCAGUGCGCUACGCGAGCUACGAGCUCCGGUUCACUGGUUCAUGCUAUGCCCUCCCAGAGAGAGGUCAGGCGGAGGGAUCUGUAAAACCACAUUGGAAAAACUGUGCAAGACUACCCCGGUGUGCGCCAGACAGAGACGACACACACCAGGGCUCGCCCCCCCCCUCCAUGAGGCAAGAGCCAGGGGGGGGCACAGCAGCCAAGUCACGUGUGAUGAGCAGUCCCGUACUUAUGAGGUCGGGCCUGUAGGACACGUGACCGCCCCCGGCGCUCACGGUGUGACGCAGGGGGCCCCCCGGCCCUUUCGUCCACCCCCCCUCCCUGCUAGGAACACCAGGAAAGGGCGGGGCCGUGACGUCUCGUGUUCCAGCUCCCGUUCCGCCCCUCACAGACUUCUACUGCAUCUGGAGGGAGCAAGGUUUGCUGACAGAUCUAUGGCUGGAGAAAACAUUGCGCAGGGGUUACGCACUGCAAUUCUUCCUAAAAGCCACCACCAUUCCGAGGCGUACGGGCAGUACGCUCUCAUGUACGGGGAUCAUUAG